CUAAUACCAUUUUUUGGACAACUUUUUUUCUUCAUAUUUAAACCCACACUCUUUACAACACCAAAAAAAAAAAAAAAACCCACACUCUUUUGAAAUUUGGAAGUUGGAGUUCUGAGAGACGUUAUUUGAAGCGGCAAUUUUGUCUUCCUCCCGCGCAAUGUCACACUCAGUGAAAGAACAACUCUCCUUUCUUCGCUCCCAAAUCCAAGCCAGAAGUUUCAGCGACGCAACCCUCCGAUUCCUCGAAUCGCUUUUAGUCUCCAAGGACGUGAAGUCGUUGAUCGAAGUUCGCUCCAGCUUGACGCAGCUUCUCAGAUCUGAAUCCCUCUCCGUUAUUCGCUCCGUCGCCGCUAAAACAGUCCUCGACAAGCUUCUCACUCUCGAAUUCUUCGUCCGCGCUUUCGCUCUCGUCGGAGAUCAACAGAGUUGUUUGGCGUUGAGAUACGAGGCUUUAGUUCUGAGGGAACUCAAGUCCGCUAGCUGUAAAUGGCUACAAGUUUCGCCUGUGGAAUGGUUGAAUUUUGUGGAGGACGCGGUCCGCAACGGUUUUCAUGCCGUUGCAGAGAAGGCAUGUGAAAAUGUAUUGUCGUGCCUUGGGAAUAAUGAUGAUUUGAAGACUGGAGGAGACAUAGUUCCUGAAAACUUGAAGGCUAUUAUCAAUGAGAUUACACGGCUAAGGAACUGUGCAAUGGCAUCAGUUGCUUCAGGAUCUGUUCAGGUGCAGACAGCUGAGUACCUAAAUAGGAAAACAACAGAGCGGCAAAAGUCGGAGUUACUCUACAGAGAAAAACGAUGUUCAGCAAGCACUUCUUUCAGAAACGGAAUCAAGAGACAGAAUAUACGAAAGUUACAUGAACACCAAAGUCUCCUACAGAUCAGCGGUGAAUUAGAUGGACGGCAUCCAAAUUUGAGGUCAAAUGAUCAAUUUGAUUGUGACUUCUUCUGAGUGAACUAAUUCAUUGUUUAAGCAUGUGAAGUUUUUAAAUUUCAGUCUUUCUAUUUGAGUAUAAAGCCUUGAUUAGUUUCUGAUAUUUUUACGCAUUGAAAGAGCAGUUGUUUAAGCCAUAUAAUAUUUGACAAGUUAACAAAGGCAGUACUAUGUGAUUAUAUACCGUUUUUGGACAAUUAUUUAAUUACAAAUCUGAG